UUUCUGGUUUAUAAGAUAGUAAUGGAUACCCGUUGAUGCUGAACCAUAUCAAAAAUGUGAAGACUGUUCCCUUGAGCUUGUACUUAGGAUUUUGUUGGUUGUGUGUUACGUGGUUAGUUUUGGUGCAACAAUUGGCAAUUAUUGGGCAUUUUUAAGCUUCUUUGAAUAGAAUUCUAUUUAUAAGUAUAUCAUAAUCUAAAGGAAUUGUAAAGUUAGUUACGGCAUUCUACACUUUGUUAUAUGUAAUUCUUAGUUAUAAUUAAAUAGAAAAAAUGGAGUAUCGCGAAAUUUAACCACACUCGAAAUUCACCCUAAAAUUGACCAUCAUAAAUUGAUACAGAACAUAAUCAUCAUCAUACAAAAUAUACAUUAUCAAAUAUAUCAUGGAGAUACCAGACCCAUUGACACCACCAUUACGAUACAAUGUGGUUCAAAACAACUUAUAUAGAGGAGCAUACCCUCGAGAGAUCAAUUUCAAAUUCAUAAAAUCCCUCCAGAUUAAAACCUUACUUUCAUUAACUCCUGAUCCAGUCACACCUGAAACCGAUGCCAAGUUAUAUGAAUUCGCUAUGAAGAAUAACAUCAGAUUGGUACAUGUUGAAUGUAGUCAGUCAGGUAAGGGAAAGAAAAGAGGUGUGCCGAUGGGGUAUACCACGGUAAUUGAAGCAUUGAACUAUAUUAUCCACAAUGAACAUGCUCCUAUCUAUAUACAUUGUUUAAAUGGUGGUCAAGUCACAAGUUUGGUAGUAGCGUGUUUAAGACGAUUACAAUUCUGGUCUUCUAUAUCGAUUUUCAAUGAGUUUAUUAAUUUCACUACUAGUAUAACGGUUAAUGAUAGAAAUUUUGUUGAAGGUUUCAAAGGUCAAAUAAAUAUAAAUGCAGGUGAUAAAGUUGAUUGGUUGUGGGUAGGUAUGAGUAAAGGGGUGAUUGAAAAUCAUCCAAAACUAAAAUUUACAGAAAUAUAACAUUAGUUAUGACGUAU